CAUUGUCAGUCGAUUAGCUGUUUGCUGCAACGGUACUGUAACAUUAAAGAUGUGCUUGAUCUUUAUCACUUUGCUCGCUAUAAACGUAUUGUUCUCCCGGGCUGGCCCCACCAUAACCCAGUCCGACUGCCAGCUUGAUUGGAACCUGUGUACGGUUAGUAAUGAUGGGGGAAUGUCCUGCUAUUGCGAUGGUAGUAAACAGCAGCAAGCCUACAUUCAUCUGACUCACUGCUUCGCAAAUGAUAAUGGACAGUUGACCCCGCGCGUGAAUGGUGGGUUCCUAUCCAAUCGUGACGGGAUUAAGGGCUCGUGCGACAUGGGCGAAGCCGCCCCCCGGCCGCCAAUGCUUCAAGCAACUUGCAAACCUAAUAAUCAGCUGACAUCAACCGAUAUGGAGGGAGUGAUAUCUUUCAAAGGUGACAAGGGUUCCUGUGGUCAACGUGCUGAAGACUACAAUGCUGCUACGCGCUCUCAUUUCAGCUUCGGCUUAGCUGUUUUGGCGGUCCCGCUGGUUCUUCGUGCUGAGGACGCCACGACCUCGAUUGACAUCGCUAGACGCACAGAGAGCGCAGAGCACGUGAACUACGCAGACGCUACUAUCAAUAUUGCGAAGCGAGUCAACCAGACCAGCUUUUUUGCUGAUAUUGCUUAG